GACGUGAUAUUAGUCUUGGUGAGCACUAUAAAGGUUUGGAGAAAGCAAAGUUUUCUGCUUUACUGGACAUCUAAACACAAAAAAGGGUGCAUUUGGUUUAUUGAAGGAUAGGGCUUCAAACUAGUACUGUUUCUAUCACAACUUUUGGCACUUUCUGCUCUGUGGGUUCUGCUUCUCUUGAACAUUUGUCUCUUCAAGUCCUCCAAGGAGCCCUUGGUCAAGAAGUAGCUUUUUGAUGGAGAUUUCAGCCGUCAGAGUGUUGCCUGAACUGGGAUUGGAGGACCCCAGCUUCUUCAAUCAAUGGCAUAUGAACUCUGUUGAUGAGUUCAGCAUAUUACCACUAGCAGCUGCAUUUGGGGAUAACUUGCACCACUCUUUCUCACACCAAACCUUCGAUAUCAAAACUGUUAUGGAAGCCUCUCAUGGAGACACUGAGAGGCCUGUGAAACUACUAAAGCCAAAUGGAUGGAACUCUUGCAAAACUGGGAUUGUUCAUAACCCACAAACUGCUUCUUCUCCCAAUGUUUUCUCCUUUGUCAAUCCGAACCACACAGAGAAACCGAGAAUCGUGAAGCCGAAGGAGGAGACAGUGGGUACUAAGAGCAUCAACAAGGAGAGAAUGGUGAUGUCUCAUGGCUCCUUUGGGAACCAAAGUCAAGCUCAUAAGGCCAGCCAGGGAACUAAAAGGAUUGACACGAGCGUGAGGCUUUCUCCCGCUCAAGAUCACAUCAUAGCAGAGCGAAAAAGGCGAGAGAAACUAAGCCAGCGGUUCAUCGCUUUGUCAGCCAUAGUUCCUGGACUCAAAAAGAUGGAUAAGGCCUCUGUUCUUGGAGAUGCUAUAAAGUAUUUGAAACAACUGCAAGAGAGGGUCAAGAUACUUGAGGAACAGACUAGGAAGAAAACUAUGGAAUCAGUGGUGUAUGUGAAGAGAUCCCAGAUUUUUGAUGAGGAUGAAAACUCUUCUUCAGGUGCAAACUUACCAAGUGGACCCUUGGAUGAACCACUUCUGGAAAUCGAAGCAAGAUUUUGCGACAAAAAUGUGUUAAUUAGAAUUCACUGUGAGAAAAUAAAAGGAAUUCUGGAGAAAACAGUGGCUGAAAUUGAGAAACUCUGCCUAACUGUUGUCAAUAGCAGUGUCAUGUCAUUUGGGACUUCUGCUCUUGAUAUUACAAUCAUUUCUCAGAUGGACGCGGAAUUCAGCAUGUCAGUGAAGGAUCUCGUGAAGAGUCUCCGAACAGCAUUCGAGUUGUUUAGGCAAUAAAGAAGUAUCAACAAUCUCUGCUUAAAGUUUGUGGACUUUGUGCAGCUGCUAGAAGCUAUGGAAAGAUAGAAAUAAUCGUAGUAAUACGUUCAAUCAGUUCAAACGUCUGUUUUACCAAAGUUAUUGUGCACAAGGCCUGUAAUGCUCCAGCACCAGAGAUUACUACUACCACCACCCUUUCAGCUUGUUUGCUGUGAAGUCCAUUUUGCAGGAAGGGUUUUUUGGGUCCGCCAGUUUUUGCAUGGUUACUUGUUUUCCAUGUUGAAUACCCUCCUGCUCCAAAAGAGUGACCUUAUACAGCUUGUUUCGGCCAAUAAUUUUUGGGUCUGUAGGGCAAACGGGGCUUUGUUGUUGUACUUUGUUUGGUUAGUAGUGUUUUAGAGGCAAUUAGGAGACUCUCCUUGCCUCUUUUUUCCUUCAGUUUCAUCUGGUUUGUAAAAGGUUUGUUGAAGUUAAUGCAAUAAUUUUAUCUCCAAAA